AUGUCCGCCAACUCCAAUCGGGAGGAUUUCCCCAUUAGCCCCAAUCUCGGCUAUGGGCUUCGUCUUUUCUUCUACUCGCAAUUAUUCGUCACCCCCAAGCUCCCAACCCAGUCUUUCGCCAAGCAAACCGUGAUCGUCACCGGUGCCAACUCCGGGCUAGGCCUCGAAUCCGCACAGCACUUCUACCGCCUCAACUCCGCCAGAUUGAUCCUCGCCGUUCGCUCUAUUGCCAAGGGUCAAGGGGCUAAAGAGUAUAUUUUGCGGAACAAUCCGCAACGCUCCGAGCCGGAUGCUAUCGAGAUAUGGCCCCUCGAUCUCUCGAGCACUAAGUCAACGUUAGCAUUCGCUGAUCGCGUGAAGACAGACCUUCCACGGUUAGAUGUUUUGGUAAACAACGCAGGAAUAAAUUCGCCUGAGUGGAAGGUCUACGAGGGCUAUGAACAAGCCGUCCAGGUUAAUGUUCUUAAUACCUUUUUACUAGCACUAUCCCUCUUACCUAAGCUUGAGGCGACGAGUGCUGUAUUAGCGGAGAAGGAGCCAUACCCACAUCUAGUGAUUGUGAGCUCUGAGGCGCACCGAUUGACUAGAUUCCCGGAGAUCAAUUUCCCUGAGCUAUAUACGAAGCUGAAUAAUAAGAGUAACUUUAGUCAGCAACCAAGAUACCAAGCUACUAAGCUUAUAGAAGUCCUCUUCACGCGUGAACUUGUCGCUCGCCUUGGUUCAACUAGCGUGAUUAUUAAUCUCGUUAACCCUGGUCUAUGCACCUCCAACCUAGAGCGCAACAGCGGCAAAGCUCCCAUGGUGCUACGCUUAAUACGGCGCAUCUUAGAUCGAACUACCGAGGUUGGCAGCCGCACCCUCGUCCUCGGCGCGUCAGCUCCCGCCAGUUCGCACGGCGAGUUUCAGAGCGAUGGGUCGAACCAGGAUGUAGAAGCGUGGAUAUAUACAGAGGUCGGGCAGCGGGCACAGAAGAAAGUGUUUGAGCAGACGCUGCAGAUUCUGGAGGCGAGGAAGUCGGGAAUUGCGCAUGAGGCAGGACUGCGCGAUGUUUAA